AUGAACGCGAAACCGACGCAAGCGCGAGAAACGCUCGAUGCGUUGCACGAAGUGUCGCGCAUGCUCAACACCGGGCUCGACAAGGAAACGUUGGGUCUGCUGGUCGCGCUCUGCGAGGCGGGCGUGAAUCCAGAAGCUCUCGCCCACGGCAUUCGAGAACUGCAUCGCACCGGCGAAGGCGGCUCCGGCACCACCAAGCAAUAA